AUGGCUUCAAAUGAAGAUUAUUCAUCAAGUACAUCAUCUGACGGUGCAGUUUUACAAAGACCUUCAAAAAUACUGCGACUGCAAUCAGACAGCGAGAAAAGUUCAUUGAGUAGUUCAUCGGAUAUGAUAAGAGCUUCUACGGUACGUCGGCGCCGAAUUGAGUCUGACAGUGAAACUGAAGAUAGCGAUAACAAUGAAGAUGAUAUACCAGAAGAGUUUGAUGUGAAUUGGAGUAUUCCGUUAAGUAAUAAAACCAACAUCACAUUUUCUGAUUCGUCAGAACUGCAAUCGCAUCGUUUAGAUCAAUGGUAUGAAACAAAUCCUAAUGAAAUAAAACGUUUCUUUGGUCUAAUUAUAUGGAUGGGAUUAGUGCGAUUACCGAAAAUUGAGUUCAAUAAUGAAGAAAAUGAUCCUAAAAAUAGAUUAUCUAAAGUUGCUCCUAUUAUCAAUCAUUUGAACAGUAAUUUUAAGAAAUAUUAUAAACCAGAUGAGAUACUAUGCGUGGAUGAAUCCUUAGUGCCAUUUCGAGGCCGCAUAGUAUUUCGCCAAUAUAUAAAACAAAAACGUCACAGAUAUGGCAUUAAAGUUUUUAAAUUAUGUAGUGGGCCAGGAUAUACUUAUUCAUUUCGAAUCUACACGGGCAAAGACGAAAAUACAAAUGAAAUAUCUGGAAAUAAGUCGACUGAGAUUGUAAUGGCUCUUUGUCAAGAUAUUUUAGGCAAAGGCCACACUAUCUGCACAGAUAAUUGGUACACAAGCGUUGACCUGGCGGAAAGAUUAACUGAUAUGCGUACACAUUUAUUGGGUACCCUACGAAAAAGUCGGCGCGGCAAUCCAAAAGAAGUAGUGGCCCAAAAAUUAAAACGUGGAGAUGUUAUCGCGCGAGAAAAUAAAAAUGGAGUAACUAUCUUAAAAUGGAAAGAUAAAAGAGAUGUGUUGAUGCUAUCUACAAAACAUUUAGCAGAAAUGACAACUAUACAGAAAAGAAACUAUACAAAAGAAAAGCCAAAAAUGGUAGUUGAAUAUAAUUUAGGGAAAUCUUCAGUCGAUUUAUCUGAUUAA